AUGUCCAGCGAGGUAGACAUACCGCAGCGCAGCCCUGGAGCCCCGAACGCCGAUCCCGUACCUACUCCACCUGAAAGUGUAGUAGCAACCCCGACUCUGAGUCGUACCGAAGUGGGCAUGAGCCGGCACCAUGACGCAGAGUUGGGAGCUCUGAACGAAAAGAUCAGCAAACUUCUCAACGAGCAACAAACUGUACCCGCAUCACAUCCACUUUAUUACUCCGUCACAGUCGAACUUGCAGGUUUGCUAGAAGAUAGGUUCACCAAUCUGCACAAUACUGUCGACAUAGACGAGGCUCUCCGGCACAUCCAAGCUGCGAAAGCAGUAUGCUCAACCGACUCCGACAGAAAAGCACAGUGCUUAGGACUCUUAGGCACCUACCUCUGUCAUCGAUACGAGCGUUUAGGAAAGGUCACUGAUGUCGACGAGGCCAUCGAGGCUCAUCAGGAGGCUCUUAGACUGACUCCUGAAGGCAAUGCCAUCAGGCCUAUCCGUCUUCGCAAUCUCGGCGCUUCAUUUUGUCGUCGAUUUGAGCACUCUGGCAAUGUUCGUGAUAUCGAGGAUGCAAUCAGCAACCAAAGACGGGCGGUUGAACUGACGACGGGCGGUCAUUCAGAUAUGCCAUUAUGUUUCAAUAGCCUGGGAAACUCACUCCUCCGUCGAUAUGAGCACCUCGGCGACGUCCAUGAUGUCGAAGAGGCUAUUAUGGCUCACAAACGGGCUGUGGAGCUGAUAUCUGUGGAACAUGCCGCAAGGUUGCCUUCAUGUCUCGGCAGCCUAGGAAACUCAUUCCUUAGUCGCUUCAAGCGGCUGGGCGACGUCCGUGAUCUUGAUCAAGCCAUUGUUGCCCAAAAGCGGGCCCUUGAACUAUUUCCGAGCGGACAUGCACUUAGGCCUCCAUAUCUCAACAAUCACGCAUGGGCAUUGUUUCUUCGAUAUGAGCGCCUGGGUAAACUGUCUGAUGUUGAUGAGGCCAUCAGUGCCUAUAAGCAAGCUGUUGAGCUGACACCAGAUGAUCAUGCGAGGAGGCCCGUGUAUCUCAACGGCUUAGGAAUUACACUCGCCAUCCGAUUCAAACGGUCGGGAAACCUCGGAGACAUCGAUGAGAGUAUCAAUCUGAUCAAGCGCGCUGUCAUAAUGGCACCGACCGAACAUACGAGUAAACUUGGAUAUCUCAUCAAUCUUGGUAACUCGUUCCUCCGUCGGUUCGAGCGAUUGGGGAACAUGAAUGAUUUGGAUGAGGCCAUUACUGCCCAGGAGAAUGCUUUUGCGCUCCUUCCGGAUGGACAUCCGAGAAAGGCUUUCUAUCUCAUCAAUCUCGGAGGCUCAUUCCUCCGACGUUUCGAGCGCGCUGGUGACCUUUCUGAUGUAGAUAGGGCCAUCGAUAUCCAAAAGCAGGCCGUUGGAAUGACACCGGCCGGACAUACAUAUUUACCUUCACGUCUGAACAACCUCGGAGGCUCACUUCUUGGCCGCUUCAAGCAUCUGGGAAAUCUCCACGAUAUCGAUCAGGCCAUCAGUGCCCACAAGCAGGCGGUUGAAAUGACGGAGGAAGGACAUGCACAAAUGCCCCUAUACCUCAGCAAUCUUGGGGGAUCAUUGCUUCGUCGAUUCGAGCGUUUGGGUGAUACAUCUGAUAUCAACGAGGCCAUCUAUUUUCGACGACGAGCUGUUGAACUGACACCGGAGGGACAUGCACAAAAGCCUUUAUAUCUUAACAACCUUGGUGGCUCCUUUCUUUGCCGAUUCGAGCGAUUGGGUAGCAUCAGUGACGUACAUGAGGCCAUUAGUGCUCACGGGCAGGCUCUUGCGCUUACACCAAACGAACAUGGGGAGAAAGCUUUACGUCUCAACGACCUCGGGACUGCAUUUCUUCGUCGCUUCAAGUGCUCGGGUAACCGUUCUGACGUUGACGAGGCUAUCAGGGCUCAAAAUCAGGCCGUUGAACUGACACCAGACGGACAUGCAGCGAAACAUUCAUGUCUCAACAACCUCGGAAGUUCACUCCUUCGGCGUUUCGAACGGUAUGGUGACCUUCGUGAUGUUGAUGAAGCCAUCGCUGUCCAAAAACGAGCUAUCCAUUCAACACCGGACGGACAUGCAGAUAAGCCUUCACAUCUCAGUAACCUCGCCAGCUCAUUCAUUAGUCGAUAUGAGCGAUCACAGGAUGGUCAUGAUCUCGAGAAUGCAACCAGGAUGUAUCGCAUAAGUGCGAAAUCAGGCUCCGCUCCUCCCUCUGUCUUGCUGAAAUCUGCACGAAAUUGGGCCCAGUGCUACCUUAGACAACACGGUCAACAGCUGCUUGAGGCUCAUGCAAUCGUCAUGGAUGUUGUCCCUCGUAUUGUUUGGCUGGGAUUGGAUAUAUAUCUUCGUUACGAGAACACUAUUUCUAUCGGGGAUGCAGUCAACAGUGCAGCAGCUGCUGCAAUUGAUUUGGGGCGGUAUGAUAUUGCCCUUGAAUGGUUGGAGCAGGGAAGGUCCAUUGUCUGGGGUCAGAUUCUUAGUCUGCGUGCUCCUAUGGACGAACUAAAAGCCUCAGGGCAUGCAAGUCUCGCGGACGAAUUGAUGCAGGUUUCUCGGCAAUUAGAGCUUGCAGGAACGGCAUUUCGUUCUGCAUACGAGGGUUCCGAUCCUACUAGACCAUCUGCUGAAGACGAGGCUCAGAUGCACCGCCGGCUGGCGGAGAAGUACGACCAGCUGCUCGGUGAGGUUCGCCAGAUUCCAAAAUUCGAGAGAUUUCUCCUGCCAAAACGAAUUUCGGAACUUAUCCAUGCGACAGAUUCGGGACCAGUGGCAGUCGUGAAUGUUCACGAAUCCCGCUGUGACGCCCUCAUUCUCCGAGACCACACCUCCCCAGUCCUUCAUACCAAGCUUCCGGAUACCUUUACAUAUGAAGAAGUCAAGGGUUUACGCAUGGACUUGCUCGAUUCCCUUGCAGAGGCCAGCAUUCGAGAUCGCAUUGAUCGCGCUGAUGUACCCUUGUACAUGCCGAAUGAACAACUUCGUGAUGUAUUGCAGGCCUUGUGGAUAGGAGUAGUACAUCCCGUACUUUCCUCUCUCGAAUAUAUGACUCCACUGGCAGGGUCUCUUCCGCACAUCACCUGGUGUGCCACAGGCCCGCUGACCUUCUUGCCCCUUCAUGCCGCCGGGCUCUACGGCACCCAGCACCACUCGCAGCCAAAGGCCUUUCAGUAUAUCGUAUCCUCUUAUACAACGACCUUGACUGCUGUUCUUGGAGCCAAACCAUCCGACACGGCCACACAUUCAGCACCACAUAUGCUGGCUGUAUCACAGCCCAACACCCCAAAUUACCGUGCACUCCCUGGAACGAAGUACGAGAUUCGAGAGAUACAGAGCUGCGUGGGAGACCUAGAGGUUUCUUGGCUCGACGAUGACCAGGCUACAGUCGCGUCAGUUCUCGAUGGGAUGGCUGUCUGUCAGUGGUGUCACUUCGCUUGUCACGGCGUACAGCAUUCUGGGGAUCCGACUAAAAGCGCUUUUAUUCUGCACGACGGUCCACUUAGCUUGAGGGAGAUCAUGAGUAGAUCCUUCAAAUCUGCAGAGAUAGCGUUUUUGUCUGCAUGUCAGACCGCCACAGGAGACGAGGAGCGUCCGGAGGAGGCGAUACAUCUUGCUGCCGGGAUGCUUAUGGCUGGAUUUCAAUCCGUAUUUGCGACGAUGUGGUCUAUACAUGACACAGAUGCACCUUUAGUUGCGAAAGAGGUAUACACCUAUCUUCUGAAGGACACUGGGAUGAUCCAAGGGAAGGCGGCAUACGCAUUGCAUCAUGCGAUAGAGUGCCUCAGGAAGGAAGUUGGCGAAAACGCCUUCGUGAAGUGGGUACCGUUUGUACAUUUUGGUGGCUAA